AUGCCGCGAGCGCGGAGGUCACUGAUCGUUGUGAUGAUCGGAAUGAUCGUUGGGGCUUUGGUCUCUCUUGGAGAAGCACAAGAACCCGGUUUCACAUAUCUUACCGCACAGGAUUACUUUAAUGCACAGUUUGUGAAUACUCGGAUGCCAAUGCGCUCGCGGCCCCUCAACGACAUUCGAAUGAGAUUUCGGAGAGGUCUUUCAAAGCGUGGAAUUGCCGUCUCUCUCGAAAAGGACAAAUGGCCGAUGGGUCGUGUUCCCUAUGUCAUCUCCAGCUCAUACACAAGUGCUCAAAAAGCGGUGAUUGCACGAGCGUUUGCCGGAUAUCAACAAAAGACUUGCAUCAGUUUUGUGCCAAAAAGAGCCACCGAUAAGGAUUAUGUGGUCAUCUCAAAACUUGACGGAUGUUAUGCUGAUUUUGCUCGAGUUGGCGGCAGACAACAGGUUUCAUUAGCGGAUGAGUGUGUUGAUUAUGCGACGGUGAUUCACGAGCUAAUGCAUGUCAUUGGCUUCAUUCACGAACAUCAAAGAGAGGAUCGAGAUCAGUAUGUUCGGAUUGUUUGGCAGAAUAUCAUUCCAGGAGCCAAUGGUGAUUUCGAUAAAUUGACGAAUUUGGGUCUUUCUUACUACAAUGAGGGAUAUGAUUACACAUCGAUUAUGCACUAUGAAAGCAAUGAGGGCAGCAAAAACGGGAAAAAUACUAUUGAGUCUAAACAAACGCAGUACACGUCGAUUAUGGGAAAAGCCAGCGAUUUCUCGGCUUCCGAUUUGCGUCGAGUAAAUCGAAUGUAUGGUUGCUGGUCGAAACUCGGA